AUGGCAAUUACAAUCGCGGAGAAGCAAAUGAUGUAUCCGCCUUCAAAUGUUUCAACAGCCCUCCUAGGAAACAACUUGACCUGCUUCAGAACAACUAAAAAAAUGGACGUCACCCAUACCGCAAAAGAAGCAGUAAUGGCGUACUGCAUCUUCAUGGCAGCUUUGUACCACUAUGGUUUAAUGACGGCUAAGUAUCUAUCCACACUCAUGACUCGAAGGGUUCCCACCAUAGCAAAAAGGCAUAAAAAGAAAGAAAGCACCAUGACAGGCGAGUCCCAAUCACUGCGAUUGAAACAAGCUUCACCGGCGAUCAGCUCCGCGAUUCUGAAUCUAAUGUACAACGACGACGGUGUUACUACCCCACCCCACAGAACGUCAGUCAACGUCAAGCUGCAAAGAUACAGAAACCCUGGGCGGAAUCGAAGUCCACCCCUCAUAAUUGUGACCAGGACCAACCCGUUUGACAGGAAACACCACAGACCUAACAUGGUUGUGGCAAAGGUAAGCACCAAGCUAGAGUAA